AGGUAGUGGGGAGUGCUUUAAAGACACAGAAGGGGUUAAGUCGUGGAAAUUGACUUGGUCUUCGCCAUUUUUUUUUCUCCCUAAACAAUCCCAUUUCUGCAUUUGAUUUUUCAUUUCCAGUACACAAAAAAUACACCAUGGAUUGGCAGUCUCUAGAACUCAAACUUGUCUCCUGCCGAGAUCUCAAAGCCUUCAAUUUCUUCCAAAAACUCUCUGCCUACUCUGUAGUUUCCAUCGUCAUCAUCAACGAACAACCCAAGAAGAAAGAAGAACACCCGCAAAAGAAGCAUCUGCAGCGCCAGAAGACUGCUAUCGCCAAAGGAGGCAAGAACCCAGAAUGGAAUCACGUGUUUGAGUUCGACCUCGAAAGCUUACCCCCCGAGGAAUCCGAUCAUCUUUUCCUCAAGUUCGAUUUGCGUGCGGAUGGCUUGGUCAAUAGAACAAUCGGCGAGGUGCGUGUUCCUUUGAAGGCUUUGAUAGAUGAUUUUUGUGGGGUUGUGAGGUUCGUCAGUUACCAGGUUCGUGACAGUGAUGGGAAGCCUAAUGGGGUGCUUAAUUUUUCGUAUAAGUUGAAAGGGAAGCUGAAAACAAAUGGAAAUUACGAUGAUUCUCCACGUCUAAUCCCAUCGUCUUCGCCUGAAAAAGGCACCCAAUGUUCCUCUGACAAAAUCGUUUACCCCAAAGUGGAAGUAGAUGAUAAUAAUAAUCAAUCAUGGCGACGGAAAAUUGUUCGGUACCCUUCACUGGACGAUGCUUGUAAUACAGGACCAGUGUUUCAAUGGCAAACAGCAGGGACAGGGAGCUAUUAUAGUAGUAGGAACAUUGUAACUUUGGUUCCUGGAGGAUAUCUUGAUCCAUAUUCAAGAUCAUCACCAGUGGUGCAGCCUUCUGUUACAUAUUGGUACACAAUGGAGCCAACUAUGCUCCAGUGAUGAUGAUGAUUAUUGGUAUAUAUAUAUUGAUGCCUAGAAGAUCUGACUUGUCUUCUUGAUGCCAGUGUAGCACAAUAUGUCUUUUGUUGUAUUAAUUUCUCAGAUUUUCUUAUAUAAAUGAGGAAAGAUUAAGCAAAGCUGGAAACUGCUUUAGAGUAGCCCAGUUUGGUAGGUUAA